UGGGCUCGACGCGUCUAAUUGAUAGAUUAGAAAUUAGCUUUGAAGUGUCCGCGGCAUUGGAAACUCGCGAGAGGAAGUUUAUGUUUACCUUCCAUGUUGGUUCGCAUGUGUAUCGAAAAUUUAAAUUAACUUCGACCGGUAAAACCUCUUCUCUCGACGGUGUGCGAUAACAAAAACUAUGAGCAAUAUGUAUAACAAGAUUAAAACGUGGGUAAAAUUAAUACAGUCGGAGAAAUUUCAAGAUGUAUUAGAGGACAUCAAGAAGAGCACUCGCACGCAAGUAGACAACAAAUUGAACAAGAAUAUUUUUAAAUUGCUGUUGCACUUUUGCUGUGCAGUAGACAAGUGCAACAAAUUAAACUCUUCAUCCGGACAAACUGUUGCCGAAUUAACUAAACUAUUGUGUUCGUUGUUGAUAGAAAUACCAGAUAACAACAACUUUAUCAAAUGUUUGUUUACAAUUGUGCGCUUGUUAAUUUCUCUGAAUUUGUAUGAGGAUGCAGGAGAAAUCUGCUGUUAUCUGCAACCUGGAAGAUUGUAUAAACCGCAGAAUGGUACCCUGGACCUUUUGACAAAAGUGUUAUUCUUGUGGCAUGCUUCAGUCAGUAAUAAUAUAUAUUGUGCUCUCACCAGUGGAACCUUACACAGAAAUUCAGAAACUUACAUCAACUUAGAGAUUGUCAUAAAACAGGAAAUAAAAAUGAUACUAAUGACACAUGAAGAUUAUACAAAGCACUUGAUUGUGAACAUUAGCACACAUAUGGAUAGAAUGGCAAACAUUGAUGUAAAAAGAGAAACAUUUUUGAUAGAAGAUUUGUAUAAAUUGUUUUUUAAAUAUCUGAUAGAAACAAAGUUGUAUUUGGAUAAAGAUGAGAAGUAUGUAAUAUAUUGUCAUGUACUUCGUAUCAUGUGCAUGUUUUAUAAAACUAUAAACAGAAAUAAUAAUUCAGAAAUGUUAGCUGAGUUGUCCAAUUGUGUCGAGAGACUUUUGACAGAGGAUGAAGAAUGCCACGAAUGUUUUCAUCAAUUUCAAAAUUUAUAUACAACACUUGCAGUACCUAUUGAGAAUUAUAGUGACGUUGCCAAAACGAUAAAGGAUUUUGUUCUUAAUAAUUCAAUCAUUGCUCAAAAGUAUGGAAAUACAGGAGGCCUUAGAUGCAAUGCACUUGCUCUUGUAGACAUUGUCGAACCUGUACUUAUAUACUGGGAAAAAUGUUUACAGGCUGACAAACACAUGGUCACUCAACUGGUUGACAGUGGCUUGUUGCUGGAAAUGAUGAAUUUAUUUGUACAUAUGAGUGCAGAUGAAUUUUAUAAUAAGCAGGAAUCUAUCAAAUGCAAAUGGUGUGUGGACAAAGUGUGUACAGUCAAGAGAGAUUUAUACAAUGUUAUAAUAGUAAAAUGCAAAUUCAUCAGCUUAGUAUAUAAAUUCUGUAGUAAAGUAUGGACACAGGAAGUGUUUGUUCUUGCUAGAAAAAUAUUGGAGCACAACAUACAAUUGGUCAUUAAUGAGAUGAGAGAAUAUAAAUGUACACGCUGGACACAAUUGUGGAAUACUUGUCGUGCCUUAAUCUUCAACAUGGGACUGAUAUCUGAUUAUGAGGAAAACAUCCGUUUAUUUUCUCUGUUGUCUGUUUGUUUCUUUCAAGUUCAAACAAUCAAACCUAAGGAAGAUCUAGAAGAUUCCAUUACUUAUGUACUGAAUAAACUAAGUGUGAUAUACCUUAAUAAUAAUAUGCUCAGAAAAGCUAUAACUGUAACUGCAGUAUAUGCCUUGUUAACUUACAAUAAACCGAAUACAAAAGCUUUCUUUGUAUGGGCAGUUAUCAAAAAACGUGCGCCUGAGAAAAUAGCAAAAUUAACUAUGCUGGAAUGUUUGAAAAAGGACAAAGACGAGAUAGAAAGUGAAAUAGGAUUUUCAGGUGACAUUUCCAAGUACGAUCUUAUUGAACUGUGUUCACGUGAAGCAACAAGUUUGAUGGAGGAGAAUGUUCCAUUCGCAAAUGGCGUAUCGAGAACUCUUGAUGAACUUGAAAAAUUAAAACCAAGUAAUUACCAAUACGCACGCGUGCUACACCUAUUAGGACAUUACUUGUUGACUUUUCAAUAUGACAGCUCUAUUCUAAAUUAUUAUAACCAAGCUAUAACUAAUUUAAAGCUGAACAAGAUAGAUCGUCUAUGUUUGGAAACCAAUUUAAAAUUCUUUAUGUUCGUGGAUGAGUUAGACACAAUGAACAAGCAAACUCGCAAAGAAAUGGAAAAUACAAAGUUUGCUUUACAAGCUCCCAAAGUGCCAGAACUCAGCGAAACCAAAUCUCCAAAUGUAGUUCCUGCUUAUACUAUGAUUAACGUUAAAAAAGAUUCCAGUCUUAUGCUGAGGUUGGAGGAAUGCGUAAAAAAGUGGAAUCAGCUAUUUGAAUGUGAUAUUGAUGAAAUCGUAAAAAAUUGGCAACCAAGUCUUAUCCUAAAUUUAUUAAUAACAGCUGGUGAAUAUUCUCGACUGUAUCGUUAUGAAAGAUGUGAAGACAAUAUAUGGAUGCUGGCAUAUGAGUUAGCAACAAAACUUAACGAUAACUCUGCAAUUAUUUAUAUCACAGGUCGUUGUAUUUCAAUGAGACAGUUCUUCUGUAAACUGUCGAUCGCCAAAGAGUAUGCCGCGAAAUAUAGAGAUUGUGAAGAGAACCAUGUAAUUUAUGCUAUUGCUGUCUUCUGGCUAAGUUUGGCAGACUACUACUUUGAAUGUGGAAAGCACGAUGAGGCUAAACAAUUACUUACUGAAGCUAGGAAUCUUAAGGGAAUUUCAUUCAUGGAUAAUACUUCAGUAUAUAUGUUAAGUUUAGACAUUAUUUUACGCAACAGCACUUUGUAUAAAAGUAAUAUGGACCAAAUGGAGUACGGCAUGUACAUCGUGGAAAGUAUCUUUGCAAUGAGAUGCUUGAAUGUAGAUCUGUUCUUAAAAAACAAAUGUAAAAAUCAAGUGGAAUAUCUCUUCAGUUGCGAUGUACUUUUUACCGCGACGGUUAAUCUGUCAAUGAGAGUAAACAGUUUGUUGUCUUUUCGUGCGAUUAGCCCCGAUUUAGUAGGACGCUUGAAGACAGCACAGAGCUUAGGUGCGGUAAUACGUGUAGCUGAAUUGCUCAAAUCGUUGUGUUAUAUCGAUCUGUCGCGUUCACAAUUGAGCGAUUGUGAAGUGAAGUUGGAAGGAAUUGAACACAUGUUGGAGAUUGAAACAUUUCAAUCGUCGAUCAAAGUCGAGCCCGUUAAAAUGCCGUCGACAAUGCUAGCGGUGACUCCCACAAAGAUCAUCGAUCCCGUCAGAGAUAUGUCCCAGCCCGACACUUCGCCACUGCUUAACAAGAAAGACUUUGAUCUACCAAAAUUCAUCAACCAUGUGGCUUGCGAUUGUUACAAGUGCAGCAACGUUUCUUACAAAUAUUUGGUGUUUGCCACCACGUAUAUCAGAGCUCAAUUAUACGCUUUGCAGAAUCACGACAACUUGGCAGUCAAUCAUUUUCUUGGCGCUUUUAAGAUAAGAGAAGAUCUGUUUAAGUUCACGUGGCAUACGCAAUUCUACAUCACUGAUUACGUGCAGCUGUUGAUCGAUUUCUGUUACUUUCUAAAGACGAAGUCUUCGAGGCAACAGGAGAUAGUUAAUCUGAUCAACUUAGCGAUUAACACAUGUCACAAGUACAAAUUGAAGAGACAUCCUGUCUAUAUAUCGGCCAAAGAAUUAGCACUCGAUAUUAAUUUCCAGUCGGUGUUGGAAUCUCCAGACAAUUUACAUUAUAUGGUCACGCAACCACAUAAUAUUGACGUGAGCAACUAUGCGGAAACUCCGAUCAAUCCGAGUAUUUGUGUCACACCGUCUGCCAAGCCUUGCGUGAAAAAAGUUUCUACUAUCAAAAAACACAAAAGAAGCCCAAUGGCUUUGAAGUUAACCAAAAUUAAUAUGGUUUGGAGCGAUAACGAAAAUGAUGACGAUUGACGGAAGACUGACAAUAUCCUAUGGCGUUUCUCAAUAUUCACCGCCAGAUAUUGGAAAUCUAAAGCAUGUGAUGUGAAAUAUAGAUUUUUAAGACUGACAGUGAAUGUCCGGAACGCUGCCCGUCAUCUUUCAGAAGAUCCGAAAACAAUUGUGAAGAUAUUGUAAAAACUGUGUUCAAAAUUCUCUCAAAUAUGACGGCACUGUAUGGAUCUUUUAUACACAGCGUAAUAUGUAAAAUAAUUUUAUAUUUUUUUUUUUUAUAAAAAUCGGAUGGUUUUAUAAAGUAUUAAAUAAGCGUUCUUCUUAAUUUGUAUAUUUAAUCCUUUGCCGGAUCUUUUACUCAUGUGAUGAUUCUGUUUUGUUUCUUCAUUAUGAGUCAGAAGCGAACCGGCGUCCAAGUGUGCAUGUGGGUGUCGCACACACAGUCCUCCUCUCGAGAGUUAACAGAAAACUCGCGCAUGCUUACAAAUUAUUUUUAAUAGGAUAAGACUUGAUUUCAGAUUGGCGCUUUUAUUUUCUUUUCGUUUAUUGUAACUUAUAAAUUUGUAUAGAUUAACCGAUACUUUUUAUCCCAAUUAAAUAUUUUGUAAUUUGAAUUCAACAUGCUCGACACUCUAUUUCAUUUCCUGUUUUCCUCUUCUUAAAAAUUUUUUAUUAUUAUUAUUAAUCUUAACGUAAAUAUCACACGAAUUUAUUGUAAUAAACGCAAAUAGGAAAUUUUGGCACUGCAAAGGAAAAAUUAACACAAUGUUUAUUGACAAUGUGUUUCUCAAACAAUACCACAGUUUUGCAGUACAGAUUUAAAAAGACCAAAGAAUUGUU